GAGACGGGUUGCCUGGAAACGGCGGAAACGUUUGGGCGCAGCAGCGAUGGAGAAGUAUGAGAAAAUCAAAGUUGUUGGAAGAGGAGCUUUCGGGAUCGUUCACCUGUGCCGCAGGCGCAGCGACAUGGCCUAUGUUAUCCUGAAGGAGAUCCCGGUGGAGCAAAUGUCACGAGACGAGCGUCUGGCAGCACAGAACGAGUGUCAGGUGUUGAAACUGCUCAACCACCCAAAUAUUAUAGAGUACUAUGAGAACUUCCUGGAAGACAAGGCCCUAAUGAUAGCGAUGGAAUAUGCUCCAGGUGGGACGCUCGCUGACUACAUACAGAAGCGCUGUAACUCGCUGCUGGAUGAAGACACCAUCCUUCACUUCUUUGUGCAGAUCUUGCUCGCCCUGUACCACGUUCACAACAAGCUCAUCCUGCACAGGGACCUCAAGACUCAGAAUAUUCUUCUUGACAAACACCAGAUGAUUGUCAAAAUCGGAGACUUUGGCAUCUCCAAGAUCCUCGUCAGCAAAAGCAAAGCUUACACGGUUGUCGGGACCCCUUGCUACAUCUCCCCGGAGCUGUGUGAGGGAAAGCCGUAUAACCAGAAGAGUGAUAUCUGGGCUUUGGGCUGUGUGCUGUAUGAGCUAGCGAGCCUCAAGAGAGCCUUCGAGGCUGCUAAUCUCCCCGCCCUCGUUCUGAAGAUCAUGAGCGGUACGUUUGCGCCGAUCUCAGACCGUUACAGCCCAGAACUCCGACAGCUAAUUCUCAACAUGCUCAAUUUGGAUCCAUCCAAACGGCCUCAACUCAAUGAAAUAAUGGCUCUCCCCAUAUGCAUCAGGCCCCUGCUUAACCUCUACACAGAUAUAGGAAAUGUAAAAAUGCGCAGGAUUGAGAAACCUCUGUCUACGGUGCAAACUGGUCCUCAAGGUAGACCAGGAGGGAGAGUUCCUGCCAACAGGUCAAGAGACAGAUCAUUUGGUUUAGGACCAGGAAAGGUGCAUUCCCUCCCGCUGUCUUCUGUGUAUACAUGGGGAAGUGGCAUCUCGACCCCUCUCCGCCUCCCGAUGCUCAACACGGAAGUGCUUCAGGUCUCUCUGGGCCGCACUCAAAAGAUGGGUGUAACCAAGUCUGGCCGUUUGAUUACAUGGGAGGCUCCAUCAGUGGGGUCCUCUGAGGCCAGUCUUCCUGGUGUGGUGGAGCAGAUCCAGCCUCAGUUCAUUUCUCGCUUCCUUGAGGGUCAGUCUGGAGUCACCAUCAAGUCUGUGUCCUGUGGUGAUCUCUUUACCACCUGCAUGACAGACAGGGGCAUUAUCAUGACGUUUGGAAGUGGAAGCAACGGCUGUCUAGGACACGGGAACUUCAAUGAUGUAACACAGCCUAAGAUAGUGGAGGCUCUGCUUGGUUACGAGCUCAUUCAGGUGUCCUGCGGUGCUUCCCAUGUUCUCGCUGUGACCAAUGAAAGGGAAGUUUUUGCCUGGGGAAGAGGAGACAAUGGUCGCCUCGGGCUCGGCACCCAGGACACCCACAACUCUCCACAGCAAGUGUGUUUACCCGGUGACUUCGAAGCCCAGAGGGUGGUGUGUGGAGUUGACUGCUCCAUGAUUAUCAGCAACCAACACAGCAUUGUGGCAUGUGGAAGCAACAGGUUCAACAAGCUUGGCCUGGAUAAGAUCACAGCUGGAGAGGAACCGAAUCCCUUGAAUCAAGUGGAAGAAGUUCAUUCGUACACUCCAGUCCAAUCAGCCCCACUCAACACUGAGAAGAUUGUUUACAUUGACAUUGGAACGGCGCAUUCUGUCGCUGUUACAGAAAAUGGUCAGUGUUUCACCUUUGGCAGCAACCAACACGGUCAAAUUGGCUCCAGCUCCCGACGUAGCAGCCGUGCCCCCUGCAAAGUGUCUGGCCUGCAGGGCAUCACUAUGGCUGCCUGUGGCGACGCAUUCACCUUAGCCAUAGGAUCUGAAGGGGAGGUGUACACGUGGGGCAAGGGGGCCCGCGGCCGCCUGGGAAGAAAAGAGGAGGAUUCUGGGAUACCAAAGCCAGUGCAGCUCGAUGAAAGUCACCCGUUCGCGGUGACGUCGGUGGCUUGUUGUCAUGGCAACACCCUGCUGGCAGUGAAACCUCUGCUUGAGGAGGCCAUCUCCAGAUGAUCUUGUCCUGAAAACUAACCCACACUGUGGCCAUCGUGAGACCCGGCAGUGGACUGUGGAGGAGGACCGCUUCCUCCUAGAGACCCAUCUGUGCCGAAUUUAGAACGAUUUCCUUUCAAACCCCAGCUGCAGCCUCAGCCUUUCUCUCUCUAUCUUUUCUAUCUAUUUUUCUUUCAAGUGUUUCAUUCAAUGGUUUGAUUUCAUGGUGCAAAGCACAGAAAAAGGUCACAGCCUUGCUGCAGGUUUUAUCUCACAUCAGGUCGGUGAAAGGAAUGUUGCAACACAGAUACUGAAGCUAGAUUACAGGAAGUCAUUAGGCUGGGCUCAUGCAGUGAGCUAUUGUGCGCUCUCAUGUGCAGUGUCAGCACAAGAAAGACCAUUAAAAGGUCAAACUGGUUUGAGCUCUCUCAAGCAGCCGGUGAAUGAAACGAAAAGAAUGAAGCCACUUGAGCGUUCAUCAGACAAAUGCAGUCAGCACCACAUCAGUGGUCACUGCGAUUUAUUGGAUUACAGCGGUGUUCGAACCACAUAACGACGGACCGAGCUGUGUCUGAAACCACUCGCUUGUUUGCUCAUUCAUUUUUGGAAGAUAAACAGCAGUUCAAUGAGAGGAGUGAAAGGAGAUUUCAGACUGUUUACUGACUGCAGCAGGAAGUGGUGCACAUGCUGGGCUGUUUUCAUUCCAAUGUAGGACUCUGAACAGCAGAUGAAGUUCACAGUUUUAUCAUUAUUGUCCUUGUAACUCAUUGAAAUCAUGUUGAUGUACAGAACAGUGUGAAAACUGUUCAUGUGAUGACCAAAAUCAAAACCUGCCAAAGUGUUCAGAGUGCAGUAACUAUUUCAUUCAACGCCUCACUCUGAUGCAGACACAACCAUGCUGAAAAGGGUUAACUACAAAUGAAAAUACCACAAUGUUGAAAAACCUUCAUUGUAGUAAAUAAAGACAAAAUACACCGCCUGCAUUUAACUAAAGAAAUAAGGGUCUUCCAUUGGGUUGAAGGUCUAGGUUCAGUAAGAUCCUAACCCCACUGAGAAUCUUUGGGAUGUGCUGGAGAACAUGUUACACAGCGGUGCGAAUCUCCCCUCAUCAAUAUAAGAUAUUGGAAAAUAAAUGCAGCUCUACAUGGAAAUAAAUGUCACAGCUGAGGACCUUUUUUGAGCCAGGCAGUGUAAACUUGAGCCUGUAAUAAUGAACGAUUUGAAGAAAGUUGCACACAGAACCUGAAGUCCUAAUAAUGGAAAGUGGGGCCAGUUUGAAGUACUUUAUAUGCUGCUGCAUGGCUUCAUUUCCAAUAGUAAAUCCAGAGAUCAUCUGCAGUUACAUGAUUAUAUUCUGUAUUUAGGCUGAGAGCAGUCUGAGGCUGCACACCUCAGCUAAGGGUGGAAGUUCUGUCUCUCCAGAGACUCCUGUUUGAGGGGUAGAUUGACUGUCUCAAGUCAAUUAAUGAUUGGAUCAAAAAUAAAUAUUUUUGAGUUUAACUCAGACAACGCAAAAGUCUCUAUUUCCCGCUCCAGAAAGCAUAUACCUCUAUAUCUGUUUUCUUUCUCAUUCACCCUAAAAGCUAACACACACAAUCUUGAGAUCAUUUUUGAUGUUUGACUUUUGAUGCUCACAUCAAGGCUCUUGCUUUUUCACUGUAAGAAAAAAUGCUCAAAAAGUGAACAAGAGAUGCUCGUUCAGGUCUUCAUCACCUCCUCCUUGGAUUAUUGUACUGCUCUAUUUUCUUGUCCGCCAAAGCGUUUAUUAAUCACCUCCAAUCUGUCCAAAAUGCUGCUUCAAGGAUUUUAACUCGCUCUCAAAUUCUCUCAUAUCACCUCAUCAUUACAGCAUCUGCACUGGCAUCCAGUCAGGUUUAGGUAUCAUCUUGAAAUCUUGGUUCUUACUUUCAUGGCUUUAUGAGGUGAGGCCCCCACUUACAUCGCCUGUCUACUCCCUGUUCUCCAAGCCAAAUCCUUAGGCUGGCAGAUAGAGGUCUUCUUGUGGUUCUCCGUACCUGUGUAAAGUCUAAGUGGGUACUGUCUCUUAAAACCAAAACUGUGGAACAGCUUACCACUCUUUCUUCACACCCUUGACUCUGUGGCAUUCUUCAGAAAGCUUUAAACUUCUCUAUUCAGACAGA